AUGUACGAUGUGACGAGCCCCACGAACUUCCUCACGUCACUAUACCGGAUGAAGGCUUUAUGGAGGAUGGUCGUUCUCGGCCUCUUCGUCUUGGCCGUUACAGCCGAAGAGGAAAAAGUGGAAGUCGUGAAAGGCGUGGAAGAAAGUCCGGCAGCUCUCAAACCGACUCUGGAAGACGCGGUGAAAGAGUUGGUGGAUCGAGUUCCCAGGCAAUCUCACGGGCGAUUACGAUCACAGAGUAGCCGAGACGAUUUUCGCCGAAGCAGAAGCCGCGACGACAGCGACGAGGGACACUGGAGGGAUAGGAGCGAAAGAAGAGAAAGCCGCAACCGAGGGAGCAGGGACAGCCGGGAAAGCCGGGAAAGUCGGGAAGAUCGGUUCCGGUCUUCGGAUUUCCGUUCUCGCUCCCGUUCCCGUUCCCGUGACAUAGACGACUCGUCCUUGCGUUCCUCGACACGAUCGAGCGAGGAAGAGCCGGUACCUCGCAUUCAAGUCCCUCUUCCCAAGGCAACCGAUAAGCAGCAAGACCGCUCUAAGGAAUCGGAAUCCAGUGAACCUGACGGAUUCUUCCAACAAGCAGACUCUUCCUUCUCCAAGGAGUCUGAGUCUGACGAAAACGAAAAGGAAAAGAACAUUUUCAACAUGAAGCUCUACAACAACUUCGGAGUCGGAAAGAAGCUGGACCUCCUCGGGAUGAGCGUGGAGACGGGGCUUCACCACAGGCAGAAGGACAAGUUCCACAUCUCUCGAAACCGAACGCCGAUCGAGCAGUUCAUCAAGCGCCUCAUUGGACGAGCUGGGAACAUCCUCGGUACUCUGGGGAACAUCGGUCGCAUGGUCUUUGGAUUCCUGCCGGGCGUCGACGAGGACAACAGCUCCAGCUCGGAACGAAGAAAGAGAUCGGUAGAUGAUGCCGCAGAGACAGACGAGUCAGAGGAAAAGGAUCUACAGUGCCUUUACAAGGGAAUCUGCACUUUCAUGGCCUCCAGCGACGAAGACCUGAAGAUCCUCGGGGGUCCCUUGUAUCCCUUCAUCAAGAAACUCAUCAGAGCGUCGCGUCUGUCGUCAGACUUGGAGAAACCCAAGGUCCUGGGCCUGAAAGCGAAGAACUUGAAGAUUUGCGAUUCGACAUUUGUGGGAUGCCCAACGACUCAGUCCCAUCUGCGAAAUUCCAUCGCUCACGUCGUCGUCAACGAAAUCGAAAACAUCAUCUUCCCAGGCAUCAGCCUCAGAGAGAUCGACGAAAAAUAA